AGGCUGGAUGGGGAGACACGGUGCUUGGUGUUCAGUUGGAGUUGAGCAAUAUGUGAAAGGAUCACGUACGUCUAUGAAGGGACUGCAAACAAGACUGGAAUAGUUUGUUAAAGCGGAGGAAUCAUGUCCACUCACGUGGAAUCAAGCCUGCAGCUGAAAACAUCAGACAAACUUGAUGCACCAAAAUCUGAAGAUUUUCUUGACGUGACAAGUCCUGAUGGAUGCUCGGGAGCGCACAGCAGUCCAAUGCUGACCACCGGGCAAGGCGGAGAGAGUAAACCUUUCAAGGAGAAGCCUCUCAAGAUGACCCGCAGUCCUAAAUGCGCCCGCUGUCGGAACCACGGCGUGGUUUCGUGCUUGAAAGGCCACAAACGCUUGUGCCGCUGGAGGGACUGUGGAUGUGCCUGCUGCCUGCUGGUGGUGCAGCGGCAGCGCGUCAUGGCCGCGCAGGUCGCGCUGAGGAGGCAGCAGGCUGCGGAGGGAAAGAGGAGCAUCAAGUGUGCGUCCCAGUCACAGAGGACACCAUUUUUGCGUUUGACUACUGAGAUGGCAGGGCAAAGCAUUCUGCAGACCAAAAGCCUCCUUCAGGGGCUGAGACCAGCAGAGGAUGUCACUUCCUGUCACUCCAAGCAGACGAGGCAUGACGAGGCACACUUUACAUGUCCCUCCAUCAGCGCCCGCAUGAGAAAGAGGCGAGCCUUCGCUGAUAAGGAGCUGGAGAACGUGAUGCUGGAGCGGGAGAUCCGACAUAGAGAACUCCGGGAUGACCUUUCCUUUUCCUACUCGACCUUCCUCCCCAUGCUUCAUCCGCUACCUCUACCCGCCACCCCUGGCUUGCAGUCAUUCAACAAAGCCCCCUCAUCUGCAGGAUCAUCCAGCCAUGUGCGUGAAAGAUUUACGCCUCUGCAUGACUUCCACUUCUAUCAGUGCUUCCAUUUUAAGAGCACAUGCAGCACAGAAACCGACUGUGGCAACUUCCAAAUCUAUAAAAGCUCAGGUCAAUGUAGGGAUAAGAAAGAGGUGCAGCAAGCUUGGAAAAGCUGUGAGAAGAAAGAUUCACCCGAGCUGAUACCCGCGCCUUUGCUUCCAAUGUUCAAACACCACAGUAGCACUUUGUUGGGUAGUGACCUGGUCAAAGCUGACUCAAAACCAGCAGAAAUUCAAGACUCAAAUGUCACAUGCUCUAUUUUUGUAUCAGAUCAGGGGAUACCGGACUUGCCAAAUGUCAGAGCCGCCAGCAAGACCUUUGAUCCGUUAGCGCUGACAGCUCGAAGCUGGUGCGCCGGCACUCCUGCCACCCUGGCACUUCCUCGUGAAGACUCUGUCAAGAACCCUCAUGGCAGCUCAGGCAGGACUCCAGCUGUGAAGCCAUUGCCUUUCUCAGUAGAGGCUUUGCUGAGAGCCUGA